CGAAAUCUUUCCGUCAGCGUUCCGGCCUAGCUCUGAUUGGGCCUGCGCGUCACCGCUGAUACCUUCUCGUUUUUUCUGCCAUCCACUUGCCUGCCUACCAAUGAAUCAGAAGCCUUCUUCGUCGUGGUAGUCAGCUGAUCGCUUCGAGACGCAUUGACCACCAUCUGUAGUUAAAAGUAAUUCCACGUUCGUAGCUUUGUUUUUUAAUACAAAACAAUAACAUUCAAGCACUUUGGUGUCUUAUCGAAACCUCAGCAAUCAUGCCGAAAAGCAUAAACAGUGAUCUAGUUGACGGGGGCAGCGCGCGCAACGACGGCCUGAGUACUCAAAAUUUUGAUGACUGUGAUUCUGGAGAAGGCUACCACUCUUCUUCUAUCAGCGCGCGCAACGAAUAUACUCAAAAUUCUAAUAACUACGAUUCUAAAGAAGGCUACCACUCUUCUUCUAUAAAUUCAGACCUCGAUCGCGGUUCUAGAGGCCACCACCGCUCUUCUUCUAUCAACUCAAACUUCGAUCGCGAUUCUGGAGAAAGCCACCACCCCUCUUCUAUCAACUCAAACCUCGAUCGCAAAGAUUCUAAAGGCUACUAUCGCUCUUCUUUUAUCAAGUCAGACCUCGAUUGCGAUUCUAGAGGCCACCACCGCUCUUCUUCUAUCAACUCAAACAACAACAACAAUUCGAUUCUUCUAGAAUACCCUCCUCCAAUCUACAGUAUGUCACCAAUACCUUUACUACCUCUAUUUCAAAUCCCAGCCGCAACACCAGCAGCUGCAGCAGUAGCUAGUCCACCCGCAGUUGUAGCAGCUGCCGAUCCACCCGCAGCAGUAGUAGCCGAUUUAUCCGAAGUUGUAGUGGCUAAUCCACCUGCAAAUCAACCAACUACUCUUCAACCAGCCGCAAGUCAACGAAAUGCACGUCAACAAGAUGCACAUCAAGCCGGUGUCACUAUCCAUGGAUCUAGGGGUUGCUGCAGUCCUAGUAUCAAUAUGGACUCAACUAGUUGUAGCAUCAUUUGCGGCUGUAUCGCAGGUGGUUUGAUUACCGCGGGUUACGUUCUCGCUGUAUAUUUCAAAGGAUUAUUCAAGGUUUAAAGGUUUGUCUAUAGGCGUUUUGGAAAAAUUCUCGAGGAGUCACGACCGCUUUGAAACAUUGGGAAGGAAGGUUUGUUUUUGCAUACAGCAAUGGCGUCGGUACUAUAAAGGGUGAACUCUCUCUCUCUGCAUAUGGGACCGGCGUUUCGAGCGAACAUGGAUUUUAACGAGUAUAAGAAAAUACAUCGCGU